UCUGCAUUAAACAAUUCCACAUCAGAUUUGCGGAAUCCCCACGUUACUUAAAUGUUCUUCCUCCUUCUCGUCUUCUAGACUUCUCCCCACACACUAUCAAAUACGCAGAGAGAGAGAGAGAGAGAAAGAGACAGAGAGGGUGAACCCUUGAAGUCUGCAUUUCUUGCAUAACGUACAUAUUGUCUGAAGCAGACUACUUUGACAAGCAUCACAGAAAUGGGUGAAGAGAAGAAGGAAGAGGAAAAGAAAGAAGAAAAGAAGGAAGAAGAGAAAAAGGAAGAAAAGAAGGAAGAAGAACCACCGGAGAUUGUUCUCAAGGUUGAUAUGCAUUGUGAGGCCUGUGCUAGGAAAGUGGCAAGAGCCUUGAAAGGAUUUGAAGGAGUGGAAGAUGUAACAACAGACAGCAAGGCCAGCAAAGUGGUGGUGAAAGGGAAGGCAGCAGACCCCAUAAAGGUGUGCGAAAGGCUACAAAAGAAAAGUGGCAGAAAGGUGGAGAUAAUUUCACCUUUGCCAAAACCCGCUGAGGAGAACAAGGAAGAAAACAAAGAACAAAAGGAAGAGAAAAAAGAAGAGCCUCCUGCUGUUAUAACAGUCGUACUAAAAAUUCGAAUGCAUUGCGAUGCAUGCGCUCAAGGUAUACAGAAGCGAAUCCGGAAAAUUCAAGGUGUUGAAUCAGUGGAAACAGACUUAGCUAAUGAUCAGGUAGUCGUAAAAGGCGUCGUCGAUCCGGCGAUGCUGGUUGAUUAUGUGUACAAGAGAACCAGAAAGCAAGCCUCCAUAGUGAAGGAUGAAGAAAAGAAAGAAGAGGAGAAGAAAGAAGAGGAAAGGAAGGAAGAAAAAGAGGGAGACAAGAAGGAUGGUGAAGAAGGCAAUGCAGAGGACGACAAGAAGAGUGAUAUCAAGCGAAGUGAAUAUUGGCCAUCCAAGCACUUGUUGGAGUAUGCAUAUGCAUACCCACCUCAGAUUUUCAGUGAUGAGAAUCCCAAUGCUUGCUCUGUUAUGUGACCAAUCCUUGUGCUUUCUAUGUGUACUUAGACAUGCAUGCUAAUAAGUACGAAAGUCAUGGGUUUAUGCCAUCCCAUAUAAAGUGUCAUCGAGUCUUUUUGCUUCUUAGGUUUGAACUUAAUUUGAAGUAUGUGUCUAUGGACUGCACACAUGCAUCCAUAAAAGCUCUCUGCAUGCUGUAAUGAGCUACGUUGGCCUAAGUUUUUGUAUGUACAAAUUUAGCACAGAAAGUGUGUGCUUACUGCAUUCA